AACAGAAGCAAGCUAGCAUCAGUUUCAUUUAUUUUCCAGACAAUAAGCAGUGAUUAGAGCUUCUCUUUUUUUCAUUGUUACUAUACCUAAACAUGGCAAAAUCUUAUGGUAUGACUAUCUAUAAUAUGACUGGGAUUGAGGGAGUUAUCAGCAGUCUGCAAAGCAAUGGAGAGGUUUUCACUUUUAAACCAGAUCAUGUUAAUGAAGAGCCAGCUGCAGGAUGGGCUACUAGUACCACUGAUAACAUUUCAGGCAGUUUUAUACUCACAAUAAAUGAUGCCACCUUCGCAUUUUCUUUUUCCUUUACGUCUGGACAUAAGCCACAGUUUAGUGUGUCUCCUGAAUGCUCUGGGAUUAUAUGUGUGAAGCGUGAUGAGCCUUCUGCUCACAACAAUAUUGCUCAUGCUACUGCUUACAUAUAUGAUCCUCAAGGGAAAAAGUGAGCAUUCUUGGUAAACGGACACUCAUUUUAUCGUAGUUUAGAACUUUCAGUACUUUUAAGAACUUCAGGACAAUUUUAAAAAUACUUUUUGAUUAGUUAUUACUUUUUGAUUAGUUAUUAUUCAGGACAAUUUUUUAAAAAUAUUUUGAUUAAAGCAA